AUGGAGAACGACACAGAAACCACCAUACCCUCAGAAUCCCAGUCAACAGAAGUGCCAACUGAUGUGGAAAUGAAAGAUAAUAAUGAUGUUCCGUCCACCACCAACAACAAUCAAGACACAGAAGAUGAAGAAUCACAAGACGAAGACAUGGGUACUACUGUGCUACCAAUUGCUAAAGUGAAACGAAUUUUGAAGAUCGAUCCAAAUUAUACCCCAACUUCGGAAACCACGGUAUUCAUGAUUGCCAAAUCCACAGAGCUUUUCAUCAAACAUCUCGCGAUGAAGGCGCAUUUGAACGCCAACGUGGAAAAACGUAAGAAGGUCCAGUACAAAGAUUUCAGUGCUGCCGUGGCUGCUAAUGAAGAGCUUGUUUUCUUAAAGAGAAUGGUGCCGCCAACCGUGAGUGUCAGAAAGUUGGUGAAGAAUGAUCAAAUCAAGUAUAGUAAGAGUAGAUCGGCCACUAAGAGUUUAGUCACCAAGACGACAAAGAAGACCACCACAGCGACAAAGGGAGGAGAAUCCGAAGAAAACAAGAAAGAACCAGAGACUAACAAAGAACCGGUGCUAGAAAAAGGUCAGCAGGUUCUUAAUUUCAAGCGGGCCAAAACGAAUCCUGAUGCUGCUACUGCUACUGCUACUGCCACUACUACUACUACUACUACUGCUACUUUAGAAUCACUAGAUCUUGAAGCUGAAUUGGUGGACUCUGAUCCUGAUCGCUCAGAAACUGAGGAGGUAGAUGAUAAUCAUGAACCAAUGGAAGUAGAUAAUGAAGAUCAGGCGAAACCUGAUGAAGAUGUGGAAGAAGACGGAUCAAUUGUACAAGACGAGGCCGUUGAAGAGAAAAAUCAGGAUAGCUCUACAGCCGAUAGUGCCAAUACUGCUCCUGCUGAUAGCAGUGAUCCUGCCACUGAUUAG